UGCCCGCUGGCAAGCCAAAUGACCUGAUGCCUGGUGACCCAGUGCCCGCUGUCAUACCUGUUGACUCGGUGCCCGCAGUCUUGCCAGAUGACUCGGUGCCCACUGUCGUGCCUGGUGAUUCGAUGCCCGCCGCUUCGUCUGGGGGCCCGAGACCUGUUGCUCCGCCUGAGGGCCCGAGACCUGUCGCUCCAUCUGGAGGUCCGGCGCCCGCCGCUCCGCCUGAGGGCCCGAGACCUGUAACUCUGCCUGGGGGUCCCGGCACCCGCCCGCCUCGCCUGGGGGCCCGAUGCCUGUCACCCCGCCUGGGGGCCCGAUGCCUGUCGCCCCGCCUGGGGGCCCGAUGCCUGUCGCCC